AUGGUGUGGCUGCGCUGGUGCGCAGAACUCCUGCUGCUGCGCUUCACUGCCAUGCGCCUCGACGUCCACUCACUCGCGCUCCUGCGCAAAGCUCUGCUCUCCCCUCAUGUCUUUAGUGCUCAAGGGCUGUGUCCGCCGUCACUGAGGUUGAGUCCAUCCACCUGGUUGCUGCUCAUCCUCUUCUUCUUCUCCAUCAUCGCCAUCUUUCCUAGAGAAUGCGACCUUCUCACGACAUGUCCGAACCUCAGUCUCGUCAUCUUCCGGUGCGAGUUCUGCUUUGUUCUCGUCCGGCAUCCGGCCGUUUGUCUCCCUGGUGUCCAAGGUGCCCUUAGAGGUGUCCAGUUCAAAGAAGUCCAUGUUCCUCCUGUCCUGCUUCUCCAGCGGGUGAAGACGGAGGCACAAAUCGAGCCCGAUCAGCACACCGAAGACAGUCCACCCUGUGCAGCAACGUGCCCGCUGUCCCUGUACCGUGUUUCCGCAGAGCCGGAGAGGACGGAGCUGUCCGGCGCCACCAGGGGGCCCUCCACCUUCCCUGUGUUCCUGCCCGUCAGCUACCAGGUGUUGGACGCCGACUACCUGCUGCUGAAGGAGUCGGGGCAGGACCUCAUGCGGAACUCCAGCAUGCGGAGCCACGUCCAGCCGCUGGUCAUCCUGCAGGCCGACCAGGCGCCCGUCAUCAACGCCACCUACGGGCCGCUCUGGGUGCAGCAGGACGUCCCGCCGGCGCUGGUUCCAGCUGCUCAGCUCCCUUCCGUCAGCUGGAGGGUGCAGGCGUUCGUGCUCUCCCGCCGCAUCUUCUCCUCCGCGCCCCGGCUCCGGGUGCUCUUCUACCUGUCAGGGCGGGGCUGGGGGAAUACGGGGAAUACGGGGAACUCGGGGGACGGGACUGCGGACGACCUGCCCUGCGUCACGCUCUACGCCUUCUGGCAGACUCAGGAGGUGCGGGGCUCCUGCGCCCUCUCGGGGGCGCUGGGCGUGUGCGUGGCCGAGCUGGAACCGCCGGGAGCCUGGUUCAGCCCCGUCCCCGAGAGCACGAGCCGCGAGAGGCAGGGGCCGCGACCGGAGGGCAACGCCGUGGAGCUGUACUACCGGGUCCAGCCCAGGUGGUGCGGCAGGUGCGGCAGCAAGCGAGGCGGGGCCCCGGAGCCGUCCGGGGAGGGGGGUGAAGCGGCGGUCGCGCCCAUGCAGCGGAUCGGAAGCGCGCGGCUCUCGCAGGCCCCCGCCGGGGGUUCGUCCCUCUCCCAGCUGAAGCUCGGUGACGCCAUCAUCAUCAAAACGUCCUCCAAGCCCCUGAAGAAGACAGACAUCGCCUCCUUCUACGUCUUCCUGGCCAGCUCUUCUUCCUUGGACAAAUUCACCCUCAGAGCCACGGUGAAGAAGGGCGUGUCCUUCUGCACGGCCACGCCCAGCAACUCGCCGCUGUGGGACACGGCGCUGGACACGAGCGAGGACGGGACCGUCGCUGUGCUGUGUCAGAGGAAGGCGGUCGCGGUCGGUAAAAGGCCGGACAACAGCCCCCAGGAGGUCGUGCAGCUGGACUUUGAGACAGAGGAGCUGGGAGCUCCGUCGGAGAGUCAGGUCAUUACGUGGCGGCUGGAGGUGCCAGGAGACCCCCGAGGGAGUUCUGAGGGAGCCAUGCGGAUCCAUAGGACCCAGAGGGAUUUUGUGGGCCUGGCUCCGCUGGUCAUGGACACAGAGAUCCUGAACACGGCAGUGCUCACUGGCAAGAAGGCGACCGUGCCGGUGCGGACGGUAGCUGUAGAAGAGGACGGCUCCAUCACCGAUGUGUCCGAGUUCACGGACUGCCGGUCAACUGACAAGGACAUCCUCAAGGUGUCGGACCGCUGCGACUACGUCUUUGUGAACGGGAAGGAGACGAAGGGCAGAGUGAAGAUGGCCGUGAACUUCACCUACAGCUACCUCAGCGCCCAGCUGGAGAUGAACGUGUGGAUCCCGCGGCUCCCGCUGCAGAUCGAGGUGUCGGACACCGAGCUGAGUCAGAUCAAGGGCUGGAGGGUCCCCAUCGUGGCCAGCAGGAGGAACAGCUGGGACAGUGAGGAAGAGGACCGCAAGGCGAAGGGCUGCACACUGCAGUACCAGCAUGCCCUGGUGCAGGUGCUCACGCACUUUGUGGCCGAGCGAGCCGACCAGCGGGGGAGACCGGCCUACUUCCUGGGCCGCGACUGGCAGGUGGACGUCACUCCUCUGGUGCGCUACUUCCUGAGGGUGGAAGACUCGCGAGUCGCCAGGCUCCACCGGGGGAGGGUGCUGUCGGGCCGCGAUGCUGGGGUCACGGCCGUGCAGGUGCUCUCCCCCCUGUCGGACUCCAUCCUGGCGGAGAAGACGGUGACGGUGCUGGACGACAAGGUGACCAUCACGGAGCUGGGGGUGCAGCUGGUCACGGGCCUCUCGCUCUCGCUGCAGCUCAGCCCCGGGAGCAACAGGGCCAUCGUCGCCACGACAACCACACAGGAAGUGCUGCAGAGCCCCAAGCAGGAAGCCGUGAUCAGCUUAUGGAUCCAGUUCAGCGAUGGCUGUGUCACGCCCUUGGACAUCUACGACCCCAGCUACUACAUGCUGGCAGUUACAUCCCUGGACACGGGCGUGGUGUCGGUGCAGAACACCCAGGCAGCUGUGGUGGCAGAAGGAGAGGGCCAGGGCGAGUUGGUCAAGGUGGAGAUGGUCAUCAGUGAGGAGUGCCAAAAGACCAAGCGUAAGAGUACCCUGGCGGUAGGCAGCGGCAGCCUGAAGGUCAAGUUCCGGACCACGGGCCCUCGGGGUGCAGUUGCAGGCGGUGCCAGUGACUACGGUAACGAUGGUGAGGAGCCAGAGAGCGAACGUGAGGCGACACGCAACCGCCUGGCGCUGACCACCUUUGACCGUGAAGAGAGCGCCAUGCGCAAAGUGUCCACCACCGCAAAAUCCACCGGGCAGGACGUGCCAUCUGGGGGCGUGUCCAGCAGCAGCUUGGAAACCCGUGAGCGGGGAAACAUCCGGGGCCUGGGGAGCUCAGGCAGCUCUCAAAGCCAGGGAAGCUUCGGGGAGGGUGCCGCGGAGAAGGACCACGGCAGCCUGGUGGGCUACACCAACUUCCCCUCCCAGGCGGAGGUGCCUGAGCAAAAGGCAGUGGAGGUGGAGGUGGGCAGCGGGCCAACUCAGGCCUCCCGCUCCUUCUCGGACCUGGAGAUCGGCAUGUACGCUCUCUUGGGCGUCUUCUGCCUGGCCAUCCUCGUCUUCCUCGUCAACUGCGUCUCCUACGUGGUGAGGGUCUACCGCAAGCGUGUGCCCACCCCGUCGCGAGAGGCCCCCGGUCACCGGCAUGACUGGGUGUGGCUGGGCACGGACGCGGAGCUGGUGAUGAACGUUCCGGGUACGCCAACGCAGCAGGGCAGCCGCAACACCGCCACCACAAUCAUCGAUAUCGGCACGGGAUCAGACACGGUGUCCUCGCGGGGCCGGAGAAGUAGUUGCCAGACCCCCAGUGAGUCCUCGCUGGGGGACACAGAGUCGCCCCACCAGGCGUGCACCCGCCGCGAGUCGCUCAACUCACCAACCAGCAAGAGGAAGAGAGUGCAGUUCACCACCUUUUCCUCGCUGGAGAGCCGCCAGCACACUUCUACGUGGCCCUCGGCAGAGAGCAGCUCGGACACCCCAGGAGGAGCGGGCCAGGAGAAGAGCUCCCCAGAACCACAAAUGCCCGCUGCAGUGCCUGCUGCAGCGCCCCUCGGUGAACCUCUGGACCAUUUGUAG